CCCGCCGCGCCCGCCAUGCCCGCGGCCAAACAAAGGGGCUCCAAGGGCGGCCACGGCGCCGCGAGCCCCGCGGAGAAGGGCGCCCACCCGUCGGGCGGCGCGGAUGACGUGGCGAAGAAGCCGCCGCCGGCGCCGCAGCAGCAGCAGCAGCAGCCGCCGCCGCCCGCGCCGCACCCGCCGCAGCAGCCGCCGCAGCAUCCGCAGAACCAGGCGCACGGCAAGGGCGGCCACCGCGGCGGCAAGUCCUCCUCCUCCUCCGCCGCCGCCGCCGCCGCCGCCGCCGCCGCCGCCUCCUCGGCGUCCUGCUCGCGCAGGCUCGGCCGCGCGCUCAACUUUCUCUUCUACCUCGCCCUGGCGGCGGCGGCCGGCUUCUCCGGCUGGUGCGUCCACCACGUCCUGGAGGAGGUCCAGCAGGUCCGGCACGGCCACCAGCUCUUCUCCCGGCAGAGGGAGGAGCUGGGCCAGGGCUUGCAGGGCGUCGAGCAGAAGGUGCAGUCUCUUCAAGCCACAUUUGGGACUUUUGAGUCCAUCUUGAGAAGCUCCCAGCAUAAACAAGACCUCACGGAGAAAGCUGUGAAGCAAGGGGAGAGUGAGAUUAACCGGAUCAGUGAAGUUCUGCAGAAGCUCCAGAACGAGAUUCUCAAAGACCUCUCUGAUGGCAUCCAUGUGGUGAAGGAUGCCCGGGAGCGGGACUUCACGUCUCUGGAGAACACGGUGGAGGAAAGGCUGACGGAACUUACCAAGUCCAUCAAUGACAACAUUGCCAUCUUCACCGAGGUCCAGAAGAGGAGCCAGAAGGACAUCAACGAUGUGAAGGCGAAGGUUGCCUCUCUGGAAGACUCCGAGGGGUACAAGCAGGAUUUGAAAGCUUUGAAGGAAGUUGUGAAGGAAACACAGUUGUCUGUGAAGUCCAGAGAAAAGGACAUCGAGGCCCUAAGAAGCAGCCUCCAGACCUUGGAGUCUGACGUCUACACUGAAGUCAAGGAGCUGGUGAGCCUCAAGCAGGAGCAGCAGAAGUUCAAGGAGGCGGCCAAUUCGGAGCACCUCACCUUGCAGGCCCUCACAGAGAAGCUUCUCCAGUCGGAGGAGGUCACCUCCCGCCUUCCUGAGGAGAUCAGGAAACUCAAGGAGGAGCUGCACCACCUAGAAACUGAGGCCCUGAGGCCGGAAGAAGAUGGGGCUUAUAAAAACUUAGAGUCUUUAGAGGCACUCCAGGAGAAGAGUCAGGGAUUGGACUCCAGGCUCCAGACUGUGGAAGAUGGGGUAGACGCUGUACAGACGGCCUGUGCACGCCACAGCGAGAACCUGGAGACCCUGCUGGCGAAGAGCGAGGAGCAGGAGCGGCGCCUGGCUACCCUGCAGGAGCACGUGGUCGGCCUGGGCCCCUUGGAGGCUGACACAGGUGGCCUGGCCAGCACGGUGAGGAGCCUGGGGGAGGCCCAGCUCUCGCUCUACAGUGACGUGGAGGAGCUGAAGAGAAGUGUGGGUGAGCUCCCCAGCACUGUGGAGGCUCUCCAGAAGGUGCAAGAGCAGGUGCAGACGCUGCUGGGUCAGGACCCGGCCCGGGCGGCCCCCUUGCCUCAGGACUUCCUGGACAGACUCUCUUCUCUAGACAACCUCAAAGCCUCAGUCAGCCAAGUGGAGUCGGACUUGAGGAUGCUCAGGACUGCUGUGGACAGUUUGGUUGCCUACUCAGUGAAAAUAGAAACCAACGAGAACAACCUGGAAUCAGCUAAGGGCUUGCUAGAUGACCUGAGAAAUGACCUAGAUAGGUUGUUUUUGAAAGUGGAAAAGAUUCAUGAAAAAGUCUGAAUGAAUCGCGUGUGCAGGGUGCAGAUUUAAAGUCCAGUGUCUCAUGACCAAAAAAUGUGUUGUUUUCUCCCAUGCACCCUACCCUCCACGUUCUUGGCCCCUCUUAAAAAGCGGUGACACCCGUUCCCCGAGCACCAAGGCAUUUUAGUUUUGUGCCCAGUUUAUUUAUGAUGAUUACCACACAUCAUUGGUUUCUCAAGUUUUCUGCUUCUGUGUUGAGUGGUUUUCCUCAAGGCCUGGCCCCUGCAAAUCAGAGGUAUCUUUUAGGAAGGAUGUCUCUAGUGUCAGGAGAAGAAUGGCUUCAACUGAGGAUUAACAGAAGCAGAUUAACUAUAACCUCAGAAAACCUUGCCUGGCUGGCUGAUUUCAAGUUAAAAAAAAAAAAAAGUGGGGUGGGGGGGGGUAGGCACUUUUCUUUUUAAUUCUCUUUAAAGAAAAUUAAUUUUACUUUUUAAAAAUACUUCCAGCCAAAGUUUUCAUGAGCUGUCACUCACUUCUUGUCUUCCACUUUAAACUGGUUAAAACUCUCAAGUGUCAGCUCUGAUUUAGGAGGGGAACAAGACCCUUGGAUUUUAAUCAGAACCAGCUGCUUGACUUGAUGGUCACUUCCCGUGGUGUGGGGUGGUGUCUUUUCCAUUUCUGGAUCAUCCUGUGAUCUCAAAGGUAACUAUGCAAAGAAUCCAGAUGGUUCUGAAUGUGAAGGCACAACACCACACAGAGACCCCUGUGGCCGACCUGUGUAGGGCCCCCAGAUGAUACAUAGGUUUAGAAUCUCAGCAAGGGGACUCCUUGGCUUCUUUCCAGAAAUGUGUUAUGAGAGCUGUCCACAGAGGCAUGGGCUGUCUCCCCCAGAGAAUGGAGGCCUAAGUAUUUUUAUUUUACCAUGAUGUCCUUGAAGAGGUCUGCUGUCAGAGCAGACCCCAUCUGUCAGUGAGGAGGAAUGUGUGCGUUUUCUGUAGUUUUUUGCUGUUUCCCUUCCAGCUGUACUGUUCUUUUAUGGCUGUCUUGCCCUUCAAAAAAGAAGAAAAAAAGAAAAAAAAGAAAAGAGAAAAAAAAGAUUUGUUUAGUUUACUGUGAAAUGAACUGUAUGGCUUAUUUACAGUAUUUUUAAUUCUUAAUAAACACUUGAGCUUUGUUACGAC